CACACAGUCAUAUUCACCCAGUUGCUCUGAGUCUCACUGUCUCUUAUAUCUCUCUCCCGUGCACACUGAAAUACUCUUGCACACAUGCGGGGAGACACACACACACACACACACACACACACACUCGACUCUAAGGGCAAAAAAGUCAAUAUUUGACUAGAGCGGACUGUACGGGAAGGAAGAAACAAAAAGAUAGAAAAGAAAAACUGAAAGUCUUUUCUUUUUGGAACUUUGAACUUGGACACGAGGAUUUGGAGACGCUUUUUUCUGUCUACAGGUGGAUAUAACUUUUUCUAAACUCUUGGGUCAAGCAGAGCAACAAGGAAUUCGUUUUUUUCUUAUUUAUUGUUGGACUUUUGGACUUGGACUGGGCGAGAGCGCACUAAGAGGAAGGAGAUGGGGAGAUGGACGUUACAUCUCUCAGUGGGGCUCGGGCUUCUAGCUGUCCUGUUGACCUGUCAUUAUGCUGAAGCAAACUACUGCUUCGAGGCCAGGGCCAAGACCUGCUCAGAAUGCUUGCAGGCUGGGACAGACUGUGCCUACUGCCCUAUAGAGACCUUUAAUGGCCCUCGCUGUGACCUGUUGAAGAAUAUGAUCAGCCAUGGCUGUAGCCGCGCGGCUUUACUCACGGCUAAAAGCAGCAUGAAGAUAGAAAAAAAACAACAAAUCAACAUGAGGCUUCAGCAGUCUCAAGUGUACCCACAGCUGAUGAGCAUGAGCUUUCUGCCAGGAGAGGAGAAGGAGGUGAAUUUGGAGGUGUUCACUCCAGACAAAGGCCCUCUGGACCUUUAUAUUCUUAUGGACUUCUCCAACUCCAUGAAGGAUGAUUUGAAAAAUUUGAAGAGAAUGGGCAAAGAGCUGGCUGCAUUGGUGCAGACGCUGUCAGAUGACUACACUAUUGGAUUCGGAAAGUUUGUGGAUAAAGUGAUCGAGCCCCAGACGGACAUGAGACCUGAUAAAUUAAAACAGCCGUGGACCGACAGCGACCCUCCAUUCUCUUUCCAAAACGUCAUCAAGCUGACCCCCCACUUGGAGAUCUUUAACAACAAACUCCAGAGAGAAAACAUAUCUGGCAACCUGGAUGCUCCUGAAGGAGGUUUUGACGCCAUAUUGCAGGCUGCAGUUUGUCAGGAACGGAUUGGCUGGCGUAACCUCAGCACGCAUCUCCUGGUCUUCUCCACCGAGUCAGCCUUCCACUACGAAACUGACGGUGCUAACGUGCUGUCAGGCAUCCUGAAACGCAACGAUGAGCUCUGCCACCUGGACAAGAAUGACAAAUACACAGAGGACAUACACCAGGAUUACCCUUCAAUACCGACACUGAUCCGUGUGCUGGGCAAACACAACAUCAUCCCCAUCUUUGCUGUCACCAACCACUCCUACACGUACUACAAGAAACUGCAGGAGUAUUUUCCCAUUGCUGAGGUCGGUCGGCUGCAAGAAGACUCGUCCAAUAUCCUGCAAGUCAUGGAGACUGCCUUUAAGAAUAUCCGUUCAAAGAUGAGCAUCCGCACAGUCGACAAACCCAAGGCUUUCGCAACAAAGUUUUUGACCACCAGUGGAAGCAUUGCACAAUAUGGGGCCUUUGAUUUCCAGCCUGGAGCAAUAGGCAAGUUCAAGAUGCGGCUCAAAGCAGAGCGAAUGAUCGGGGACCAACCUGUCUGUGACGUGGCUAUGAAGGACAAAGAGGGGAUAAUGAAAGUCAAACCUACAACCUUUAAUGCUGCCGUAGACAUCAAGGCCUCGGUUCUGUGUCCAAUCUGCGAUUGCGAGAAGAACGCCAUCAUCGGUUCACCCAAGUGUCAUGGCAAUGGGAACCUGGUGUGUGGGAAGUGUCAAUGCUAUGAUGGCUGGGUGAGUACGUACUGUAACUGCUCAGUGGGUGCUUCAGCUCAGGACAACAGUCAGUGCAUCGGCCCCGGCAUGACAGAACCUUGUUCAGGCCGUGGCGACUGCCUGGAGUGUGGAACCUGUGUGUGCUACAACCCUGAUCAGUUUGAAGGACCUUACUGUCAGUACGACAAGACUCAGUGUCAAAGAUACGGAGGCUUCCUCUGCAACGACCAUGGCUCUUGCGUUAUGGGUCGGUGCUCAUGCUCUGAGGGCUGGGAGGGCAAUGCCUGCGAAUGUCCCAAGAGCAACCUGACCUGUCGUGACACCAAGGGCGGUGUCUGCAAUGGGAGAGGUCUAUGUGUGUGUGGCCGCUGUCAGUGUCCCGACACUGGUAUCGAAAUGACUUCAACUUGUGAGCCAAAUUUUCAGGCCCAGUUGGGUGUGUGCGAGGCUACGAGGAGUUGCGCCCAGUGUUGGGCCUGGAAGACAGGAGAGAAGAAAGAGCCAGAGGAGUGCGCCAAGUGUCGCUUCAAAUUCAAAUUUGUGGAUGAACUCAAAGAAUCAAACAAGGUGCUUGAUUCGUGCUCAUACCGUGAUGAGGAGGACGACUGUACUUACAAAUACACUGUCGAAAACCCUACAGAUCCCACAGUUAAAGACUUAGUGAUCGAGGUGCUCGAAAAGAAAGAUUGUCCCCCUGCCAGCCUCCUGUGGUUGCUCCCGCUCCUCUUGUUCCUCUUGUUACUGCUGGCACUUUUGGCGCUCUGCUGCUGGAAAUACUGCGCCUGCUGCAAAACCUGCUGCCAGAGCUGUCUUGCCCUGCUGCCUUGCUGCAGGAGAGGUCGUAUGGUUGGCUUCAAGGAAGAUGAGUAUUUGCUGCGCCAGUCUUUGCUCACCUCAGACCAUCUGGACACACCAAUGGUGAGGACAGGUCCACCCAAAGGAACCGAUGUGGUUCGCUGGAAGGUCACGGACAACGUACACCGACCACCCAAUCACCCCCAGGCUCUCAUAAAGCCCAACCCUAAAGAGAUCAUCCCGUUCCCAAUCUCCAUGCGGCUGAACAGGUUGUUCUCUGAGAAUCUGUCUCGCCCCGAAUCCAGAGAUGCAGAACAGCUCCGUAAGGAAGUGGCCGAUAAUCUAAAUGAGGUAUACAAGCAGAUUCCUGGUGCCCAGAAGGUGCAAAAAACCUCAUUCAGAAUGCAGAGAAAUGCUGGGAAAAGGCAGGACUACACCAUCAUGGACACCGUCUUAUCUGCCCCUCGCAGCAGCUACCCUGAUAUCGUCAAACUCACUGAGAAGAAUGUCCAGUCUGGAAACGUUCAUGAUCUCAAAGUGGUGCCGGGCUACUACACCGUGGCCACAGACAGAGAGGCUGCGGGAGCCAUAGAAUUCCAAGAAGGCGUAGAGUCAGUAGACGUUCACGUACCGCUCUUUGUCAAGGAUGAAGACGAUGACAAGAAGCAGCUACUGGUAGAAGCGACAGAUGUGCCACUGGGCAUUGCUGAGAUUGGAAAGCGUUUGGUCAACAUCACCAUCAUCAAAGAGCAUGCCACCAAUAUCUUCUCGUUCCUCCAACCGGCCUACACCUACAGCAGGGAGGACGGAGUGGCUAACAUCCCAAUAAGCAGAGAGAUCAUAGAAGAUGGACGCACACAGGUCACCUACCGCACACGGGACCUCACAGCCAAAGAUAAGAAGGACUAUGUGGCUGUGGAAGGAGACCUGAGCUAUGGUCCUGGUGAGACCCAGAAAAUAGUGCCUGUUCGUCUGCUGGAGCUGACUGAGAAAGAUGGCCUCCUGGAAGACAAACAAGUCAAGCAGUUUGUCAUGGAUCUCAGUAACCCACGACAGGGCGCCAAGCUUGGACGCUACCCAAGAACUACCGUCACCAUCGCAGACUCACCAGAGCCCAGUGUGAUGAUGUUCAAAAAGGGCACUCAGAACUACAGCACAUCUGAUCCAACCUACACCAUCCCUGUGAUUCGCACUCGCAACCCAGACAACCUCGCUAUAGCGAAAUGGCGCACCAAGAAGGCUAAGCGCUUUGACUUAUCUGGCCCUCUGAAGUUCAAUCCAGGAGAGACGGAGAAGAACAUAGUGAUUGACCCGAAGGCUCACCCAGGCCCAGUCCAGCCGGAGACCUUCCAACUGGAGCUGUUUGACCCAAGUAGCAACACUACUAUUGGAGAGAGGAAGACCACCAUUGUCAAUGUCACUGACGGAGUUUCCAGACUUCCAGAAACUGCCCCAAUGCAGCAGAAGGGUUACAUAAACCAGGCCACUUCCCCUGGCGGUCACCUUCCUCCCCCAUCAAACCUGAAGGCCAAAGCAACUGGACCCAGAAACAUCCGCCUCAACUGGGACCCACUUUCUGGUAGCCCCAUGGGUUACAAGGUGAAGUAUUGGAUCUAUGGCGACCCUGAGAAAGAUGCCCAGGUCUUAGAUGUGAAGACUCCUCAAGCUGAGUUGACCAACCUGUACCCCUAUUGUGACUAUGAGAUGCGAGUGUGCGGCUACAAUGCAAUUGGAGAUGGCUACGAUACAGACGUUGUUACCUGUCAAACACUGGAGGAUGUGCCUGGUGAACCUGGACGUCUGGCCUUUAACGUCAUCAGUCCAACUGUCACUCAGCUCAGCUGGGCAGAGCCUGCAGAGACCAACGGCAACAUUACGGCUUAUGAGGUCGUCUACACACCCAUCGAUGAUGACAUGAAGCCAGUGGGCGCUGCUAAGAAAGUAAAGAUUGACAACCCUAAGAAGCGAAUGCUGUUGAUUGAGAACCUCCAGAAUGCCCAGACCUACCAGUACAAGGUCCGUGCCAUGAACAGUGUAGGCUGGGGCCCCUACAGAGAUGCCACCAUCAACCUGGCAUCACAGCCUGCCAGACCUCUGUCCAUUCCCAUAAUUCCAGAUAUUCCUAUCGUGGAUGCAGAGGCAGGAGACGAGUACGACAGCUACCUGAUGUACAGCAAUGAGGUGCUGAAGUCCCCCGCAGGCUCCAAGACACCCAGUGUCUCUGGUGAUGAUUACACGAUGAACGGGAAGUGGGACCAGAACUUCCUUUUCCCAGGAGGAUCAACGACACGCAACUUGUCCGCAUCGUCCUCUCCUAUGUCCACUCUGAGCUCAAACUACAGAGGAGGAGCAGGAGGCUCCUUCACCACGGAAACAAGCACCACCUACUUGUCCGGACCAGGAGGUCUUCGUAGCCCUCACAUGAUGGGCGGAGGAGUGCACACAUCAGAGGUGAUCAUGAGGAAGCGCUCAGAGAGGGGUUACACAGACGAAAACAUCCGGGACUCUAUCGUCAUGGGAGACGUGUCAAGCAAGUUCCCAGAUCUAAGUGGGUUCGGCUACACUGGGAUGCAGAGCAGCUCUCAGAGCCAGUUCAGCUACAGCCUGUCUCAGGGUCCGAGGGCGAGGACUCAAUCUUCAGACGUCAAUGAAGCGUUAUAUAACCUGGACAGGGUGCUCCAGGAUGCUCGACUUUCCCCGGGUGUACCAGACACCCCCAGCAGACUGGUGUUUUCUGCUCUUGGUCCCACUGCCCUCAAAGUCAGCUGGCAGGAGCCCCACUGCGAGAAAGACAUCCUGGGCUACUCUGUUCUCUACCAGCUGCUCAAUGGAGGUGAGAUGAAGCGCAUUAAUGUGACGAACCCAGCAGAGAACUCUGUGAUCAUCCAGGACCUGCUGCCAAACCACUCCUACCUAUUUAAGGUGAAGGCUCAGAGCCAGGAGGGCUGGGGUCCAGAAAGAGAGGGAGUCAUCACCAUCGAGUCCGCUGUCGACCCCAAGAGUCCCCUCAGCCCCAUGCCAGGCUCACCCUUCACUCUGAGCACCCCCAGUGCCCCGGGCCCCCUGGUCUUCACUGCUCUGAGCCCUGAUUCCCUGCAGCUCAGCUGGGAGAAACCUCGUAAACCCAACGGAGACAUCCUGGGCUAUGUAGUCACCUGCGAACAGCUGCAUGGUGGAGGAGAGGUACGUUCCUUCCAGGUGAACGGGGACGUUGCUGAGACCAGUCUGACCGUCCCGAACCUGACUGAGAACGUUCCCUAUAAGUUUAAAGUUCAGGCUCGAACCACUCAGGGCUUUGGUCCUGAGAGGGAGGGCAUCAUCACCAUCGAGUCUCAGGAUGGAGGCGCUUUGGCUGGGUACAACAGCCAAUCAAUGACAAGGAGUGACGUUUUCCAUAUGCCAACAGAGGUCAGCACACGGACCAAUGUCUCCCACACCAUGCUCAACGACCCCUACUUCACAGAUGGGAUGAUGAUGACCACACAGCACACAGAGACCAGCGGCAUGGUGACCCGUCAAAUCACCAAGGAAGUGGUUCAGAGGAGCGUCAUGGGAGGAGCCACCGUCACAAAGAAGAUGUUUUAUGAAUCUUAAGAUCUUAUUUAAGUAAUAACCAAAGGUCCAAGAUGAUGAGGAAUCAUAUCUGAGAUUCUCUUUUAAAAAGAGUCGGCUUUCAGAGUACUCAUACACGAUCAGUGUGUGUUUUUAUACGUGUGUGUGAGAUUCUGCGACCAAAAAAAGGAAUGAAUAGAUGGAGAAGAGGCUGUUCUUUUAUGUCUGUUACAAACUCUGGCCACUUUUCCACAUUUUAACAUUGUCACUGUUGCCUCUUAUGUAUUUAAUGUCAGUUUCUUUCCACUAAGCAGAUGAUUUAGACUCCACUCCCUCUGUUGGUUCAGAUCUGGUAACACACAUUGGGGCUUUAAAUCAGGGCCGGCACUGGCCAGUAAUCUGACUGCGGCUCAGUAAUCCAAAGUGACCUUGUCUGUUUGUCUCCUGUCCUCCACCUGCCUUCACAAGAUAUUUUGUGUGUGUACGAGUUGUUUUGUUUCAGGUUAAAUACACCAAACUUUUUGAGAUUUAUGUUUUCUUAAAAGAGAUUGGCUUGAAAUAGCUGUGGAUGUUUUAUGACCAGUGAUCAAGAGUAUAAAAGUGGUGUAUUUGGGACUUUUUGUUCAUAGAUUUGUAUUAUAUUAAAGUGUUUUUCCAAGUAUAUUUAAUACUUUUUACAAUUUUUUUUAAAGCAGACUGACAUUAAAUUUGGAUGCCAAAUAUAGAGGUAUUUCUGCAAACACAAGUCGGCGCUUGUAUCGCUCAUUUAUAUGCACAUUUCCUACUGACGCAUGAUUUUACGACAGCUAAAAGACAAAAAAAAUCUAUCAGAUGUAACAUGUUUUUGCAUUUCUUAAGAUGUUUUUUACUCAAAAAUGUCCUUUUUCAUAUGCAUCCUUACUAUGCGAGGCCAUUGCAUUUUGUAUUUUGCGAACAAAUAUAUCUUGGUAUUUUAGAGAAACGGUACUUAAAGACGUUAAGAUUGUAUUUUCUGCGAUGCAAGUCCUACUGUAUUUUGGAUCCACUUUUUUUUUGAAAAUGCUUUGUAAGACACGUUAUGAGAGAUUCUUCUUAUCAGAAAAAAAAUUCUGUGGAUAAGUGGACGAAGCUUUUCACCAAAAACAUUCCAGGUUUAAGUAUUCAUGCGCUUUUGAUCAACAUGUAUCACUCACUUUCAAGCAGUUGAGCUUACAUUUUUGCGUUGUUUCUUUUUUAAAUCUAAAUUCUAUUGCACUUAAUAAAGAUUUUAAAUAAA